CGAGACGAGCGUCUCUUGUCUGUAUAUUUACGUGCCGCCAUCGUCCUCUCCUCCCUACCUACCGCCCAUCACGCGCACCACGAGUCCAAAAUCUGGACGCACGCAUGGGGCACGAGAUGGUGGCAUCCAACGGCACCGGCAACGGCGGCGGCCGGAGGACGGCGAAGCCGCACGCCGUGGUGAUCGCGUACCCGUACCAGGGCCACGUCAUCCCGGCGGCGCACCUCGCGCUGCGCCUCGCCGCGCGCGGCUUCGCCGUCACCUUCGUCAACACCGAGUCCGUGCACGAGCAGACCGCGCGAGCCCUCGGCGUCGACCGCCACCGCUACGACAUCUUCGCCGGCGCGCGCGCCUCGUCGGACCACAAGGAGCCGCUCGACGUGCGGUACGAGCUGGUCAGCGACGGCUUCCCGCUCGGCUUCGACCGCUCGCUCAACCACGACCAGUUCAAGGAGGGCGAGCUGCACGUGCUCGCCGCGCACGUCGAGGACUUGCUCCGCCGCCUCGUCGUCGACCCGGCCUCCACCUGCCUCGUCGCCGACACCUUCUUCGUCUGGCCGGCGACUCUGGCCAAGAAGUUCGGCGUGCCCUACGUGUCCUUCUGGACCGAGCCGGCCCUCAUCUUCAACCUCUACUACCACAUGGACCUGCUCGCCGAGCACGGCCACUUCAACUCCUCCAAGGGCCCGCCGCGGAAGGACACCAUCACGUACGUCCCCGGCGUGCCGGCGAUCGAGCCGCACGAGCUCAUGUCCUACCUGCAGGACACGGACGCCACCACCGUCGUGCACCGCAUCAUCUUCAAGGCCUUCGACGAGGCCCGGCGCGCCGACUACGUGCUCUGCAACACCGUCGAGGAGCUGGAGCCGUCCACCGUCGCCGCGCUGCGCGCCGAGAAGCCCUUCUACGCCGUCGGCCCCAUCGGCUUCCCCCGCGGCGGCGCCGGCGGCGGCGGCGUCGCCACCUCCAUGUGGGCCGAGUCCGACUGCUCCCAGUGGCUGGACGCGCAGCCGCCGGGCUCCGUGCUCUACAUCUCCUUCGGCAGCUACGCGCACGUCACCCGGCAGGAGCUGCACGACACCGCGGCCGGGGUCCUCGCCAGCGGCGCCAGGUUCCUCUGGGCGAUGCGGCCGGACAUCGUCAGCUCCGACGACCCGAACCCGCUGCCCGAGGGCUUCGCGGCCGCCUCCGCAGGCCGUGGCCUCGUCGUGCCCUGGUGCUGCCAGGUGGAGGUGCUCGCCCACGCCGCGCUGGCCGGCUUCCUCACGCACUGCGGCUGGAAUUCCGUCCUCGAGAGCGUGUGGGCCGGCGUGCCCAUGCUCUGCUUCCCGCUGCUCACCGACCAGUUCACCAACCGCCGGCUCGUCGUGCGCGAGUGGCGCGUCGGCGUGCCCAUCGGGGACCGCGGCAAGGUGUUCCCCGACGAGGUGAGCGCCAGGAUCCAGGGCGUCAUAUCCGGCCAAGAGGGCAAAGAACUCCGCCAGGCGCUCAGGAAGGUGACGGCCAAGCUCAAGGCCGCCGCGGCGCCCGGCGGGUCGUCGCAGAGGAGCUUCGACGACUUCGUCGACGAGCUCACCCACCGUUGCGGCGGCGGCGGUGGACGUACAUUGAUGACCUAGACCGAUCCGAUCCCAUCCGCGGCCAGCAUCUCAACCAUUCAAUGCAUUGUAUCCUAUCCUAGCCUCCUAUGGAGUAAAAGUAGUAAUGAUCUUGCAUGCUCCGGAUGUUGGUCUUUUCUUCCAUAGGUUUCCACUAUAUACCUACUACCAUAAACGACAUUCCAAGUAAAUUGUCAUCGUCGUUGUCGCUGCAAGUAAACGUUUCUAGAGCCGUGUUUCAAUGUUCA